AUGAUGCCUAACAUCAGAUGGGACGAACGAUUUAAUCUUUUGAUGAGAACCUACAGUUAUUUCCUUUUCUGCAUUCUCUUACUGGGAUCCCGUUGUAUUCAAGCAGAUCCCAAAUCCCCAUAUUGGCUAGAAACCGAUCAGUGGUCCUCAUGCUCUUCUACUUGUGGUCCGGGUGUACAGCGCAGACAAUACAAAUGCGUCUCACGUGAUAUGUACGAUAUUCUCACUGUGCAUGAUGAUAGUAUGUGCGCUAGCCAACCGCAUCCGAUCACUACAAAUGCCGGCGGUAAUCACGUUGUCGAACGUUUGUGCAAUUUGGGAGCUUGUCAAGGCUACCGCUGGCGUGUAUCACCCUGGGGUCAUUGUUCUCAGACAUGCGGUGGUUUCGGCACCAUGACACGCGAUGUGGACUGUGUGUAUACUGGGCCGGAUGGAGACGUGGUCGUGCAAGAACAUGAAGCUGGAUACUUUUGUGGGCAUUAUCCACAACCGGAGAAGCACGCAGCAUGCAAUCGGAUAGAUUGCAAACCGGAGUUUGUCCCAGAACAAUGGGGAAAGUGUAUUCAAAGUGAUCCGUGUCGACCAGGACGUCAAGUAAGACAAGUAUCCUGUAUAUCUGUCCAAGUGAAUGGAACACAUCGUCAGCUCCCCAAAGCGGCAUGCUACCUAUCCGGUCGGCCUCAGGCACGUACAUGGAGACGUUGUUUCGUAGAAGGUACAAGCAGUUGCGAAAGUCAAGAGCCCACAAUCGACACUGAUGCCAUGACUAUUGUCCAAAUGAGAAAGGCGAAAAUAUUAAAUCUGCAGGUUGGACAACAGGCCUACGUGAUACCAUUUACUCGGAUAAAUGUCCGAUGCCCGGUUCACUACUUCUCCGUUCAUGAUCUGGUUUGGAAGCAUGCGAACCAUGGGGAGGUUCGUUACACUGGUGUAUCAAAUGAACGUGUCCAAGUGGAUAAACGAGGCCGGUUGCGUAUACGCAGUUUUCGUAAUGUAGAUGCCGGCGAGUGGACAUGCAUUGCAGGUCAGAAGAAUGCCACCGUGUUCUUUACCCCGAGGACUCCGGCAGCUGGUUUCCAUGACUGGGUUCAACGAAAUCGUCUAUGGACUAAGGGUAUGAUGAGUGACGAUCCGAAGGAUAUGGCUGGUGUACAUGCAAUUGUUCAAUGGGUUGAAGGUCCAUGGAGUGCCUGUUCGGUGAGCUGUGGAGAUACGGGACAGCAGUUUCGAGUGGUUCGUUGUGAACGUGUAGAUACUCGGUUUUACCAAAUUCUAGAUGAUCAAGCUUGUUUGGACAAACUAUUGCCAAAACCGCUCAGUAGAAGAAAAUGUCUGAAGAGCAAGCGUUGUCCUGGUUGGUUUGUCGAAGGCGCUGAUCCCAGUGUAUGCACGAAUAACUGUUUGGCCGUCGAUCAAGGAUCAAUCAAAGGAAAUCUGACGUGUCGAAUUGGAAGUCAACACGUGGAUGAGAAAUUGUGUGAUUCUUCUGAGAAACCGGAUAUGACGUGUCCUAAUCCGAUUUGUCAAGUCAAAUGGAAUGUCAGUGCGUGGUCCCAAUGUUCCCGGUCUUGUGGAGGUGUCGGCGUUCGAGCCCGACAACUUGUUUGCGUUUGGUCGCAUAAUGACAGACCAGCCGGUCCUUUGUGCUAUGCUAAUCAGAUCCCCGUCCCAGAAGUGAUCGAACAAUGUGAGGCACCACCGUGUCAGCUGGGUAUGUCUUCGCCCAAAUAA